AAUCACUUCCAGGACUUCAGCACCAACAUGUUAAUUUAAUAUUUUCAGUAAGUCACAUUCUCUUAACUCAAGGACAAAAUAUAAGUUAUUUAUUUAAAAUCAUAUGCUCGACUGAAAAUUAUUCUAACAACAUAUUAUGUAUUUUCAUCUCGCCGGCAGAACUUCCACGUUUGUAUCAAGAUGGCGACUAUGAAAAUGAAACAGUUCAGUAAAUCUGUACUGUUAUUGCUGUUAGCUUUUGAGAUAUGCCAUGGUUUCUAUGUUCCCGGUGUGGCUCCGGUGGAAUUUGUUAACUCUGAAUUGGUAGAAGUCAAGGCUGUCAAAAUGACUAGUGUGAAAACACAACUUCCAUAUGAAUACUACUCGCUGCCAUUCUGUGAGCCAAAAGAGGGUAUCAAGUACAAGAUAGAAAAUCUAGGCGAGGUUCUGAGAGGAGACAGGAUUGUCAACACCCCAUAUGUGGUUCAAAUGGCAAAUAAUAAGGAUUGCACUCAGCUGUGCUCUGUCAAGAUGAAGAAAGAACAGUCAAAGAAGCUCAUAGAAAGGAUCAAACAUGCCUACUACGUCCACUUGAUUGUGGACAACUUGCCUUGUGCUACCAAAUUUGAGAUGCUGGAGACUGGGGAGCCUCAAUAUGAACACGGUUAUAAGCUAGGAUUCGUCAAAGACAAUGUGGCCUAUGUCAACAACCACUUGAAGCUUCUGUUGAAGUAUCACAAAGAAGAAGGAGAAAAGUACCGUGUGGUUGGCUUUGAAGUUGAAGCGAAAAGUGUUAAAUUUGAUGCUAUGGAGCUAAAAGAUAAUUCCUGUAAGGUGAAAGGUCAAGGGGCUGCUGAUCCUCAGGCAGUCAGUGAAAAAGAAGAUCUUGAGGUGCUGUUUUCAUACCAAGUAGACUGGGAAUCAAGUGACCUACGCUGGGCAUCUCGCUGGGAUACCUACCUUACUAUGAGCGAUGUACAGAUUCACUGGUUCUCCAUCAUCAACAGUGUUGUUGUUGUUAUUUUCCUAUCAGGUAUCCUGACCAUGAUUAUGGUGAGGACACUGAGGAAGGAUAUCGCCCGAUACAACAGAGAUGAUGAUAUUGAGGAGACCAUGGAGGAAACAGGCUGGAAACUGGUCCAUGGUGACGUGUUCAGGCCACCAAAACAUACCAAGUUGCUUGCCUCACUGGUCGGGUCAGGACUCCAAAUCUUCUGCAUGGCUCUAAUCACUAUUGUGUUUGCCAUGUUGGGGAUGUUAUCUCCAGCCUCCAGAGGGGCCCUGCUGACUGCUUCCACAUUCUUAUUCGUCUUCAUGGGAGUGUUUGCUGGUUAUUUCUCUUCACGAUUGUACAAAACAAUGAAAGGAAACACAUGGAAAAAGGCAGCCCUACAGACAUCACUUUUCUAUCCAGGAAUUCUGUUCGGAACCACAUUCUUCCUUAACUUUUUCAUUUGGGGAAAACACUCUUCUGGAGCGCUACCGUUCACCACUAUGCUGGCCCUACUAUGCAUGUGGUUUGGAAUCUCCACCCCACUGGUCUUCAUCGGAUCCUACUUUGGCUUCAGGAAACAGCCUUACCAACACCCAGUAAGGACCAACCAGAUUCCUCGCCAAGUGCCUGAACAAAUGUGGUACAUGAAUCCAUCUCUUGGGGUGAUGAUGGCUGGUAUUCUACCCUUUGGAGCCAUGUUUAUUGAACUCUUCUUCAUUUUCACAGCUAUCUGGGAGAACCAGUUCUACUACCUUUUCGGGUUUCUCUUUUUGGUGUUUGUGAUCCUGGUGAUAUCUGUGUCUCAGAUUUCAAUAGUGAUGGUCUACUUCCAGCUGUGUGGGGAGGACUACCAUUGGUGGUGGAGAUCAUUCAUCGUGUCUGGAGGAUCAGCUGUCUACGUCCUAGCUUACUCUCUAUUUUACUUCGUUACCAAGCUUGAGAUUACAGAGUUCAUUCCAACACUUUUGUACUUUGGCUACACAUUCUUAAUGGUUCUCACCUUCUGGCUCCUAACCGGCACCAUCGGCUUCUUCGCUGCUUAUCUCUUCAUCCGAAAAAUUUAUGGGGCUAUCAAGAUUGACUGACGGAUGUGCGAUUUUAGAUGUGAUUUAUCAAAUUAUUUCUUGAAAUCUGACAUAUGGUUGGGACACAAAUGGUGUAUUCAUUGUAUAUAUGUAGUGUAUUCUGUAAGGUAAGUUCUGUUGGACACAAGACAAAAGAGGUACUGGUAUGUAUGUGUUAAGGACAAUGCGUUGACAUCCAAAGGUUUUCAAGGGAGAUAUUAAGUCUUUGUUAAGUAUUGUAUUUUGUUAAUACAUGAAAAUUAAUUUUGGUUAUGCUGUUCUUUCAAACAUUUUAAAACUUGUUUCCAGUUAUAUCGGGGUGCAUAUGCCAGAUAUCCUUUUAAUAGGAAAUAUUUCAGAAUUUAUGUAAGAAUAUAAAACUAAUAACCAUCUCAAAGCCACUUCCAUAUAACAAAUAGCUGUCUAUAAAGGCCACUGGUGUAUGUUCCCAACACAGUUGUGAACCUCUGUAUAAAGGCCACUGGUGUAUGUUCCCAACAGUGAUGGUGAACCUCUGUAUAAAGGCCACUGGUGUAUGUUCCCAACACAGUUGUGAACCUCUGUAUAAAGGCCACUGGUGUAUGUUCCCAACAGUGAUGGUGAACCUCUGUAUAACGGCCACUGGUGUGUGUUCCCAACAGAGUUGGUGAACCUCUGUAUAACGGCCACUGGUGUAUGUUCCCAACAGAGUUGGUGAACCUCUGUAUAAAGGCCACUGGUGUAUGUUCCCAACAGAGAUGGUGAACCUCUGUAUAAAGGCCACUGGUAUAACAUAGUUGGUGAACCUCUGUAUAAAGGCCACUGGUGUAUGUUCCCAACACAGUUGUGAACCUCUGUAUAAAGGCCACUGGUUUAUGUUCCCAACAGAGAUGGUGAACCUCUGUAUAAAGGCCACUGGUGUAUGUUCCCAACACAGUUGUGAACCUCUGUAUAAAGGCCACUGGUUUAUGUUCCCAACAGUGAUGGUGAACCUCUGUAUAAAGGCCACUGGUGUAUGUUCCCAACAGUGAUGGUGAACCUCUGUAUAAAGGCCACUGGUAUAUGUUCCCAGAACAUAGUUGGUGAACCUCUGUAUAAAGGCCACUGGUAUAUGUUCCCAGAACAUAGUUGGUGAACCUCUAUAUAAAGGCUGCUCCCUUAAGUGACCUUUAUAGACAGCCUUGACAUUAAAAUUUUGCCUUUUAGCAAGAAAUUUUAUAUGGUUAAUCAAAAUUUGGCAGUAAACAUUAAGAAUGCUUGUACUAUGUGAUUGUAUGUAGGUCUUAUUUAAUGUUCAUCUGUAUUGGCUUAUUUUGUCAUUUCAACAUUUCCAUGUACACAUGUACGUGUAUUGCCCAUGAAGGUCAUAAGGUCUAUGCAUUGGAGAUGAAUGUUGUCUGGUAUGAGUCAGUGAGAUAUUUAUGUUAGUGGAAUUACAGUGGAAAGUGUAAGUGUAAAUAUGUACAUUUUGACUUAGGAUUUAUUUUAAGAUAUUUUCACAAAGUUAUAUUACUUGGAGGAUUUUUGUUGGUUUGAUUCAGUUUAAGAUUUAUGAAGUUUUGCGUGAUUUGUACCUGUUUAAACAAUCAUGUCUCUAUAUACUACAUGCUAAAACUUUGAGUUGUUACAUAUACUAACAGAGUAUACACUAUUUCACCAAUAAGUUGUAUUACCGGGUAUAUGGGGGAAGUAAGACUUCAUGCUGGCUGUGUUGGUAAUUCAGUGGUAAUACUUGAGAACAUCUUGGCAGUAGUUGUGUACAUAUUUAUUUCAAUUUCCUGACUAAUAUCAAUAUUUGCUGCUUACAUUGUGCUGUCUUAUAAUUACUACUUUGGAAAAAUACUGCUGUAUAUAAAUUAAAAAAAAUAAUGCAGGUUUUGAAAGUCUUCAGCAAAGAAUGUCGGGAAAUAGCAUCAGGUCACUAAAUCUUUCUGUUGUUUAUGAUUGUAAUUAAGAACAUUUGUCCAGGAUAACAUUUAUCAGUAAGUACAGCAUACAGAUAAUCCAUGUUUGUAUCUAUUUUUAAAACAUGAUUUUGUUUUAUACAGUGGAUCGAAAAAAUAGAGCAAGACUGGAAAGGAUGUUUCUCUAUAUAUAUUGGUCAUGAUAUAAGAUGAUCUAUUCAUAUACAAUGUACAUUUCUUGGAUACCUUUUUAUACCUCUGCCAUUCAAGUGUUAUGCUGUGCUAUAUUGUGUCAUUCCAUCAUAAUUUGUUUCUGCACAUUUUAGUACAUGUACUCUUAACAGGUAAUAUAUAUAUAGAACUGUAAUGAUAUGUAUUUCAAGUUCAGAUUUGAUUAUGGUUGAUUUAUUUUUUCAAUAGUGAUGAUUAUUUCAAAUAUUCAUAAAAACAAUAUGACCAAAAUUUGAGUGCCUUGCUAACUACAAUAGGGGAAAAAACUAAAGAUAAAAAAACGUGCAUCAAAGGUGUAGAAAACAUUAUUUCCCUUGUAUGACGCUAAUUUUUCUAAAAAAUCAUUAGUAUUUUUCUCUUAAAGUACAGUAACAAUGAUAAGUUUCCUGGUUACUGACGGGAUUAUUAAUAUCACUCAGACACAUUUAGUUAUAGAAUUCUAUUUAGAUUACUACUAAAAAAUUUUUUACCUUAUGAAAAUAGAAUCUUAACACUUCAUGUACUAAUGGUGUCAAUAUGUUAAUGAGGCAUAAUAUAAACAGCUUUAAAUGUAUUUAUGGAAGUACUAUAUUAUCAGUGAGUACAUACACUAUCAUAGGAUACAGUUGAUUUUUUUUUAAAAUCAUGACAUUCAAGAAAUUGACCACUGAAAGUUACCAGGUUUUUACCAGUUCAGUGUGUUAUCUGGUGAUGUGAUAUGUGAAAAAAGACUUUGCAGUGUUGGAGUAAAAACAUAGUUUGAAUGAUUUAUAUAAUGUAUAGAUGAAGAUGCUGAGGAUUCGGUUCAUGUGUCCGAGUGAUUGUUUAGUUUUGAGAGAAAGUUUAAUAUUAUUUCUGAUGUGCAUUGCUUGUAAAACAGUAAUAGUUUCAAGAGAGACACUUUCAUUUGUACAUAACUUAUAUCUAUCAUAAUUAUUGCUUAAUUUAUAUAUGGAAAAAAUGCCUAACAUAUUUAAAUACAUAGGUCUAUCCAGUCCUUAGUAUUUGGUUGUUAAGUCUUACGCAUUUAUUUCUUCUUAAAAAACUGUGGGUGUACAUGUUCCAUAAUAUAAACUGGUAUAUUUCACAUUUAGAUAUUUUUUAAAUCAUUUUGGAAAAUAUUUCACUUGUCAUACUUUAUUCUAUCGGUAUUCAUUAUUUAUUUUACUUAUGUGUUACUGAUGUGCUUAGUAUUAUGUACGAUCCUGUCCAUCAAAUCGAAUGUUUUUAGAAGGAGAUGGUUUUAUAAACCGAGGGAGAGUGCAGGGCUUGUUGUAUAUCCAGAAAUUGUGGUCAACAGGUAUAUGCUUACUUUCAAGAUAGAGAAAGGAAAUCCAUUAUUGAUAUGAUUCAAAAUAUAAACAAUAUACAAACACCUUGAAAUGUAUGCUCAAAUAUCUCUGUGGAUCAUUAAGUGCUAUCAAAGCUUAAUUAAUUCAUAUAUGUUUACUGACAAAUAGUGGUGAUACCUUGCCCAGUUAUUGAGACAAUUUCAAGUACAUAGUAUCAAAGCUACUAAGUAAAAUAUGACAAUGAUUAGAUUUGACUAAGUUAAAUCUAAAUAGUCGGGAGUACAAUAAUUGAACAAAUCUUGUGUGCAAGAUAUUUGAUGUUUUGUAGUUAAAUUGUCCAUUAAGAAUAGCAAACACAGAGUGAUGAGUUACGCAUUUGCUGGCUUUGUGUGAACCAUAUUGAGGGGUAGUGUUAGAGCAAAACUGGACAAUUUUACUUGUAUUUCAUCGUGGGGUUAGAUUUAUAAGGUAAUUUUAACAAUGGUUAUAUUAUUUAUAAAUCAUAGUAAUAACUGGUAUCAUGUUUGAUAAAUAAAUAAUACUUAAACCUA